AUGCGCCUGUGCCACAGGCCUGUGCUCACAGGACGAUUUGUUCUUUAAUUGAGUGGUUCCAACUUUAGCAAUUUAUUUGGCGUUGAUAUCUUUGUUAAUAUAAAGUAUUUUGUUAGUUUAAUGCUAUAAUUAAAAUAUAUUGUAAUGGCCAAUCACUACGAAGUGCCUAAUUGGGCCGGUAAACCACCGACAGGGCUGCAUUUGGACGUAUUGAAAGGAGAUAAGUUGAUACAAAAACUUAUGAUAGAUGAGAAGAAAUGUUAUCUUUUUGGGCGUAAUCCACAAAUGAAUGAUUUCUGUAUUGAUCAUGCUAGUUGCUCCAGAGUACAUGCAGCAUUUGUUUAUCAUAAAGAUUUGAAUAGAGCAUUUUUAGUUGACUUGGGUAGUACACAUGGAACCUUCAUUGGUAAAAUGCGUCUGGAAGCGCACAAACCGACUCAAUUGCCAAUUGAUUCUAAUUUUCAUUUUGGAGCUUCUACUAGAAAUUAUAUUAUAAGGGAACGUCCAACAGGUAAUGCCCGAGGCAUUAUCGAAGAUUUGCCUAACACAGAACAAGAAGGAGCAUUGCUUGGAUUGCCAGAAACACAGACUGAAUUGGAUAAUUUAACAGAGUUCAACACUGCUCACAACAGAAGAAUAUCAAUGUUGGGCAUAUCGACAGACGAUGGGACGGAUGUAAUGAAGCCACCGACAGGCACGAAGCGUUCAGCGUCAAUGCCAGGCGGUAUACCAAAGAAACAGAAACGGAACGUGUCCUUCAACGAGGAGGUGGACAUCAUCAACCCCGAGGAUAUAGAUCCGACAAUAGGUCGGUUCAGGAAUCUGGUCAAGUCCACUAUAGUGCCAAAUGCGAACACUCCACCACGCAAGCUGAAAUUGCAGAGCGCUGAUGACAGUCAACAUCAUCACUCGCUGAGGUUACAGGAGUUAUCUCGAGGAGGUAAUCUCUAUUCGGAUCUGCCGGCACCCAGCUCACAUCUCAGUCUCAUUGGUGCCAGGUUGGGUUUGUCUUUACCCAAUCCCGCGCCAGACGUGGAAUUGGAAGGUCCUGAACCUCAUCUCAACGUUCAUCCACCAUUACCCAACUCAGCUCCGGAAGAUGCGGGACCAUCAAGCGAACCAAAGAGGAAGAAAUACGCCAAGGAAGCCUGGCCAGGACGGAAACCAGGUCUGGUACCAGGUGUCUGAACGUAGCCGUGUAUCACGUGUUGGACUGCUCCGAAGUUAGCAUCAUCAACAAUUCCAUAUUUGAAUUGUCAGUGGAUUUGAAACUAGUGUAAAAACGGACUGUGUUUAAGUGAAGUGGACGUUUACUUUGUAACUGCCUUAUUUUAAAAGGAUAAUGUGGAAAUAACCUAGACUUAGAGGAACAGUUGUUUAUGUUUUAAGUGUGCAUCUUUGAAGUUAAGUUAGAUCAAGUCAGUUUAUUGAACUAGCAUGGAAAGUUGUUUAAUCCUGCAUUGCAAGACUUCACUUUUCUUGGUGUGACUCACUGUAUAUCUGAGUCUUCUGGGGGAUUGUACCUGGAGUUGAGAUGGACUGGGCUCACUCUUGUAUUGAUAGUACACCGUAGGGGUUUCAGCCAGAGUAAUCCUGAUAGAUGAAGAGUGUAAUACAUGCAAAAGGAAAUUUUAUCAAAAAUUAUGUCACGAGAGACUAUUUUGUAUUGUGAGUAUAUAUUGUUCGAGACUACAAAGUAUGUAAAUAAUUUCUUAAUAUUUAAGAAAAUGAGUGCAUUUGGCAGUUGACUGUUUUAAUUCAGGUAAUUUUUUUUAUAGAUUUUCCCAUGGAUGUCGCUAAAUGGCUCAUUUAUAUUGGUAGACAGGGUAUGUAUCCACAUGCAUACCCUGUCUCAUGUAUAAUGAGCGGCACCCCACAGUGCUGGCGAUUUUUCUGUAUUAAUUUCAGUCGCUUAUCGUCCAUGUUCCGCUUGGGCUUUCUGUCGACUGAUGUAAUUGACGUUAAAAUCGAAGUAAUUAACAGCUUUAUGAAGUCUAAAUACAAAAUAUCGAUUUAUUUAAUUUUUACCUACAAUGCCAUUUUGUUGUUUCAUAUGAAACCAUGUUAAGAAUGCCUGAAUACCCAUAAUACUUUGUUAUAGCACAGUCGCCAAAGGGAAAGAAUUUCAUAUGUUGUACUUUAUGCCUGCUUAUAGAUAUCUUAAACAUUUUAAGAUGCUUUCCUAUGAUUAAAUUGGUCAGAUGCAUCGGUGCGAGCGCAAAGCGUAAAGCUAAUACAUUAUUUGCAUACGAGUGAAAGAGAAAUACGGGUGUAGGCAGUAAACGAAAAUAAAUAUUUUUUUAUUCUGGUAAUGUAUAAUAUACUAUUACUGACAAUCACACUUUUAUGCUUAUUAUAUUUAUAAUAAUGCUUAAAUUAAUUACGAAAAAACUAAUAUUUUGUACUCGAAAAAACUUUGUACUCGUUGUUCGAUCAGCCCUUUUACGUCCCCACUGCAGGGGCCCAGGCCUUCCUUAUGGAUGGUUAAGGUGGAUGGGCCAUGACCCUCUACGCUGGCAAAUGCAGUCGAGACCAACGGCUUAACGCGCCUUCCAAAGCACGGAGUAGCUCGAGAUAAUAUUUUUUGGUCACCCAUCCCGUGACCGACCCUUGCGAAAGUUGCUUAACGACAACGAUCGCGGGCCGCGGCGCAUAUCCACUACGCCACCGAGUACUCGUUACGUGACCAUAAACAGCGGGUGACGUCAUGCCUCUCUUACUCAUAUCAGAACUUGGAGAAUUAAACCUUAAGCUUACAUUGAAAGAUAUUAGUUGGAGCUGUCAGAAGUUAGUGUUUACGCUGGAAAUUUAAAAAUUAAAUUAAAUUUAAGAUUGUAACUUAUAUGUAUGAUACAAAUAUAUAAAAAAGUCAAUACCCCUUUUCUCUCUGUUUUGCGACUGUGCUAGUAGCAAUUAUUGUGCUAUUGUGUACUUUCUCAUGAAAAUUAUAGUACUGGCCGAGCCAGUUAGUAGUAUUUAGCUGACUUUGAAAUAUUAGGAAAUAGUUCGAUGGAAAGAUAAAUAUUUAGGAAUGUUAAUUUUUGCAUUUCUGCUUUCAUGUAUUUUAAACUGGGCUAAGUUUGCGUUUUGUGACGUUUAUAUUCAAUAUUAAACUAAAAUUUUAAAGAUUUAAAAUUUUAGUAUAGAAAGCGGUACAGCAUAACUAUUGAAUUUCCUUACAAAUUUAACAUACUACUUGAACUCAGCACCCUGAAUAAUAAGUUUAAGGGUACAUACCUAUUAUUAAAGUAAGAUUGUUAGGUGAAAUUACAUUGUUGGCAAUAAAAUUGUACAUUUUGUAAAUGUAUUCUAGUGAAUUGAAUACUGUGAGCUGUGAUUGUACAAUAAAGUAUGAUUGCAAUA